AUGAAUUCGAAUAUCAUUCUCCCCUCUUCCCAACUUCGAUUUUUUCGGUAUAUAAAAAAAUGGUUGAUUUUUUGCAGGAACCCAAAAAUAAUCGUGAAACAGAACAUUGAAUAUUUAUUGUUGAAAGAUCCAAAGGUUUGUAUAUUUUAUUGGAAUUCAAUCAAUAAUUCUUGAAUUUUCAGAAGAUACAAUCACACAAGCAUUCUGUAAAUAUGUAAAUAUUAUCAAUAAUGCUCGAAUUUUGAUUACUGUAUCUAGACUACAGUACUCUCAAGAAUUCAUCUCCAGUUCCCAAAUUUUGAAUUCCAAGGAGUUCAACUAUGCUGCGCCGAAUAUUUUUCUUCAAAUGUCAAUUCUCGGUUAGUUUGAUUUUUCAAUUUUCAAUUUCUCAAUUUUUUUUCCAGGCAAAAUUGGUUAAUUGAUUGCACCAUAACGGUUCAACAUAAUGAGUACAAAUCAGGACAAAAAUCGAAUUCAUAUGUGAUAUUUUCAGUGAGUUUGAACUUUUUCAAAAAACUUCACCAGCCUAUUUGUUUUCCAGAAAAUCCUGAAAUCCUCUCAUAAUUGCUCGAAUUUUGAUUACUGUAUUUAA